AUGGAAGCUGCAAUAAGAUGGUCACCGCACUCAACGCGAGACAAUCCUCGUUUCUUGAUCAUCGACGUUGCGGAUAAUCGGCUACGUCUGUGCCAGAUUGAGGAGUUAAGUAAGAGCAAGGUCAAUUACAAGCAAAUAUGUAUUCGAGAUAAGCUUCCAAACUACACGGCCUUCGACUGGUCCAAGAAGGAUCCAAGUGUAGUUGCUGUAGGUUCCGCUUCUGGAGAAGCCACCGUCGUUACUUUAGAUCCAGAGAAGCCUGAUACUGAGUACAUCCACUCGUUCUCUAUUCGGCAUCAAAGAAAGUGCAACUCUAUUGCUUUCAGCGCUAAGAAUCUACUUGCUACGGGGCUGGAUCGGGUCAGGAAUGAUGUCUGUCUCAACAUCUACGAUAUGAAUGACUCGCGAGUCACAGCCAAGGACGAACCCUACAAGAAGUUGGCGAGCUCGGAGGCCAUCUCUAGUAUCAAGUUCUUUACUGGACAGCCUGAUAUGCUCGUCGCGGGCGUUUCGAGGCAGUAUGUGCGCAUCUAUGAUCUCAGAGACUCUAGUACAGCGGGUGUUGCGCAGUUCCAAACGCGCCAGGUGCAUAACAUCGCCAUAGACCCACUGGACGAAAACUACUUCCUAUCAGCGGGUACGGCUGGUGACCCAACCGUGACUGUCUGGGAUACGCGGUUCGUUAAGCAGCGAGUAGCUUCCAACGAUACUGCGAACAGCGGUGCUGUUUUAGAGUUCAAGCCAGUUGUAGACAAUUCACAGUCAGCAUCCAUAUGGAGUCUUCGGUACUCUGGUACUAAGAGGGGGACAUUUGGAGUGCUCGCCAAUACGGGAGAGUUCAAGGUCAUCGAAUUAGCGCAGCAUUCUCAUCAGCCUCUGGAGACGGCAGAUACACCCUUCGCUCGAGCAUGGGCGUCUCCAUACUACACCAAAGCAUCGCAUCAUUUACGCUAUCCUUCCUACGACAAGAACCACCGACAAGAUGACAGAGAGCGCAUAGUGGCAUACGACUUCAUGAUCGCUGGAAAUCCUCUUGAUGGGCAAUGCGCGUUAGCCCUACAUUCAAAUCGGGAGGUCGAAGUACUCAAAGUACCACCAACACCUCCUCGUCUUAAUGUCAGCGCAUUUGAAGAAAUAUACAAGGACCGUACCUGCAUUGCUAGACCUACCUCGCCAUAUGGCACCGUAGCAGAGGACCUGAUUCAAGUUCAAAACAGAGCACUAGGCGAGAAGUACAAUAUCGAACAUGACCACAAGAUAAACCUCUCCGCCAGUAUCGAUAGGCUUAACCUCAGCAACAGCCAGAGAAGCUUACCUCUUCUGUCAACAGAACAUCCUAGCCGCCACAUGCACGAAAAUCUUCUCGAUCUUGCCUACCCCGAAUUUAAAACCCCUCUCUCCGAUUACCUGGCCGUCCUUCAAGCCCCCAAGAGACGUGUUCAGGAAGGCUACUCUCUGGAUUGUGCUAAAAACAAGAUCAUCAUUCAUAACGAUCCCUGGCUAGUUGAUGUGUGGACGCUGAUCGACCGCAUGGAUGCGCAUGCUGCAGGAGACGGUAUGGUGGGCAAUGGCCUCGAUCUCAAGUAUCUGGGAGUUAGCUCGAUAUGGGCGAACGAACUGACAAUGUACGACGAAAGGCUCAUCGAUCCGGAUACGAAGACAAGCCAGGAGAUGUUCAGCGACGCAGUCAAAGAGAUAGUCGAGGCCAUGGAGUUUCCUGCUUUUGAAGGUGUGAACACAGAGUAUCCAGAGAACAGGCAGUUAUGUCUUAGUCUCUGCGGUUGGUCCCUCGAUAAAGCUGGCGUAGAGCAAUAUUGCCAACGGCUUAUUGAUGAAGGCGAGAUAUACAAAGCCAUCGUCCUCGCCGUCUUCCAAGGGCACAAGGACAUCGCCUUGACUCUCCUCCGGUCUAGUCUCACAAGCAGGAAACUCCCCCAAGACGACAUUGGCCUCGCAGCCGUCAUAGCCUGCGCCUCGCCUUCUUCCGGCGUCUCAGCCGAGCAAAGAGAAGCCUGCGCCUGGAUGGCCGACAUGACAGGUGACGCGUACCUAAAAUCCCUCCUCACCUACUUCAUUACGGGAGAUUGGUCAAGCGUAGUUCACAUGUCUCAGCUCUCCCUCUCAGAUCGCGUAGCCGUCGCAUUGAAAUACCUGCCAGACCCACACCUCACCACUUUCCUGACUUCUGCUACAGCCACCGCAACAUCCCAAGGUGACAUCUCCGCCCUCCUCCUAACCGGCCUAACAACGCGGUCCCUCUCCCUCCUGCAAACCCACAUCUCCCACCACCCCACCACGGGCCUCCAAAACGCCGUUCUGCUACUAAGUCGUGCGUGCCCUCUCUACAUCCAAGAUCCACGCUGGACCGUCUGGAAAGACAUGUACCUGGAGCAACAACAAAUCUGGCGCACAUUUCUCGAGCGCACACGCUACAUCAAAGAGCACAACUUACUCAGCGUGACGCGCGAAGGGCGCAAAUCUCGCAUUGAGGAAGGAUCCGAGGAGUAG